AUGAUCUCAUCAUCGUCCGCAUUGUCCAGCAACAUUGGAGUCAAGAGAGAAGAGUUGCUGUCGUAUGACUCAGAUUCUGCGACCAUGAAACGAUACUAUAAACAAGUGCUUGGUGUUAAAAGCACAAAUAUUUGGCUCUUUGGUCCGCCAGGUGUCGGAAAAUCCAAGUUGGUGAAUUCCAUCUUCAAGUCACUCCAUGGCUCUUUUGAAAUCGAGACAGCAGCGGUUUCAGGCUCAAAGAACGCCCAUAUAACCAAAGAUUUAAAGUACAUUCCACUCUCAACUCUUGGAAGAUCUGGAGGUCGUCCAGGAAAUAUUUUCCUUGUCGAUGCUUGGGGCAAUGAUGAUACAAAUUAUAACGAAGCACUUUUCGAAAGUAUUUUGAAAGGCAAAGUGGCAAACAACGCCCAAAUGAAUGAAAAAUCAUCCAAAAAGAUUUCAGAUGUGGAAGACAAGAACAAGCAAGUGCAUGCGAUUGUGUUUGUGAUCACUGCAGCCUCCUGCUCAGAAAAGGCAGACUGUGCAUCCUUGAUGAAGUAUUAUCAACAAGCUGUGGAGAAUCAUUUGUAUCCGAUUGUUGUUGUAACUAAAGUGGAUAACGUGAGCGAAGAUUUGAAACAGCAUCCAGAGCGUAUGGACAAUGAUGAAGAGGUUACGAAUGCUAUUGGUGCCUUAUGUAGCAAUACAGGUAUUGAGAUUGAUAGUGUAUAUCCAGUCAGAAACCUAUCUGUGGAUAUCCAAAAGGAAAGAAAUGAUUUCAUUGUGUUGAGGUGUUUGGAAAUACUGGACGCAGCACUAUUGGCUGCCGAUAGAUUCUUUGAAUACCAAUGUGUAUUUGAAGGUCGUCUUAACAAGAUCCAAGAAUCAGCACUUCCCACAGUUGCAAACAAAGUUAUUCGCUUGAAUGCUAAAUAUCUUGGUCAUUAA